GGAAGUAUAGCAGAUCAGACACAUUCAGACUGAGCCAUCAGACCACACUUCCCUCAUCCUCACUCUCUCCUCAUCCCUCCAUUCAUCCUUCUCCCUCCUAAUUCCAGUAAUCUCUGUCUCUUCUUCCCUCCUCAUUGCCCUCAGCGCUGUCUCUCUCUCCUCUCUCCAUCUCUUUGAUCGACUUUGAUGAAGUUUGAAGCAUGGGCUGUGGGAAUUCCACCUCUGCCAGCACAGCUGCAGGUCCAUCUGAAUCAGCCAAAGAUGUCCCGUCGGAUCAUCUCUUGGUUCUGUUCUGGUUCUGGGCCCACAGGCAGGACGAUUCGUCGGUGGAUGAUGAGAAGAGGAGGAACUACGGUGGAGUGUAUGUGGGCUUACCUGCAGACCUCAGUAACGUGGCCACCGGACAAACUCCCUCCACGCACAAAGAAUAAUGAUAUUCAAAGCUGAAGGCACUGAUUAAGGGCUUUCCAGAGGGACUCUUGGCUCAAAAUUGCUGCGUAAUAAUCUCAACAGGACUCAACUUUCGUCAUCGCUGAUUGGCUCGUUGGGACUCGCAGGCACUCCUCUGAGAGCCAAUCAUCUAACUGAACUCUCUGGAAACCAAACUGGAAUUAGUUCUGCUGACAAGGUCAGAGGUCAAAGACAAACCUAAGUUUGUUAGCAUCGCUCAUCGCUUCUACCAGCACCUUGCUUCUCAGGACAAUGACACACAGCUGACGAUCGCAGAGCUACGAAGACGCUCGAAAUGGGCCUCUGAGCUCAAUCCUCUUCCCUCACGACGUUGCUCUGUAUAUUUAAUAAGAGGUUCACAGGGGGUCAAGUGGGUUUCAAGGGGGAAACGGGACUCUUAAGGCACUAGUUAUGCACUCACGCGUCUGUAAUUUUCUUCUUUCAGUCUUUCAGCCUGAUCCACAUCCUUUCAGACACUCUUCUCUGGUCUUAAGAAAAAAUCCAUUUUGUGAGUGUGAUGUUAGAGGUGCAUAAAGAAGUGCCUUUGAAGGAGCCUGCUGCUGGUCUGUCAGGUGAGUCCUCUAAGUGCUUCUUCUGGAGGUGAAAGCGAGGGUUAUGUGUUUGUGAUUUGGUUUGAGGUCCCUCCAUCUCGCUAAUCCAAUUAGAGUGACCCAGUGAGAGCCGAGUCUUAAAACGAGCGCUGGCAGCGCCUGACCUGAGAGAACUCCCAGGACUGUAUAAGUAGGCCAGCGCUCGCACUUUUCAGCGUCAGGUCAGCUGGAACUCACACUCCUGAGACACAGGGGAGAAGAGAUGAGGAGAGAAAGGCAGAGAAUGAUAGAAAGACAGCGAGCGCUUGAGCCAGACUGUGUCACAGCGGGUGCUGAAUGAGACGGCGGUUCCUGAGGGACGGCAGGAUGGGAGCCGACACUGUGACAAGGGUUCUAGCUGAACUCCCACGACUCCCUUGAACUCGCUUUUCUCACUCCUCAAAGAGACCCAGAAAGAAACGUGGUUGUUAUGUUGUUCCAAACCUGUAUACGUUUUUUUUUUUUUUUUUUUUCCUUCUUCUUGUCUUGUGUGACACAAAAGGAAGAAUUUUGAAGAACGCACUGCUCAUUUUAAUGAUUUUAAAACGUCAUUAAUAAUAAUUAAGUAAUAUAAUAUUUUACAUUUAAAUUUGGGGUCAGUGCGAUUUUUCUUUUAAAGAAAUAAGUCUCUUAUGUUCACCAAGGACACAUUCAUUUGAUCAAAAAUACAGUAAGUAGUUGUAUUGUAAUAUAUUUUAAAGUGUAAUUUAUUUUUAGGAUUGCGAAGCUGAAUUAUUAUGCCUUCGGUGUCAACUGACCCUUUAGAAGUCAUUCUAAUAUGCUGAUUUGCUGCUCAAGAAACAUUUCUUAUUAUCAGUGUUGAAAACAGUGCUUAAUAUUUUUUUGGAAACCGUGACACUUUAUUAUUUGAUGUUUAAAGUAUGGGAGCCCAUUUCUGCCUCUGAUUAAAAAAAAAGGUUAUUGUGAACUCUCAAUUCUGACUUUUUCCCCCCCCAAUAUAUAAAAUCACAAUUCUGACUUUAUAGCUCGAAACUGAGAGUUUACAGCUGAAUUCUGAGAAAUAAAGUCAGCAUUCUAAGAUAAAAAGAUGCAAUAACUUAUUUUUAUUUUGUAUUCAGUGGCAGAAACAGUUAAAAACAACAUUUGAAAUAGAAAUCUUAUGUAUUUAUUUAAUGUCUUUUUGAUCAAUUUAGUGCGUCGAUUUAUUAUUGAAUUAAAGUGUUGAUUUAUUUCAAAGAAGAAAAUCUUUCUGACCCUGAAUUUUUAUAUUUAUGUACAUAUACACACACUGUAAGAAAAAAAAACAAAUUGUAAGAGCAUAUCUGAAUGUACGAACCUCUUUCCCUAUUUCUAGACAAAGAAAGGAAGCAUUUUUUUUCAUGUAUAUGAAGUACUUUUGCAGCGGUUCUCUCACAGCCUUCUCUAGUGUGUGGAAGCUCUUUCACACUUCACAGACGAGACUUUCUAAAAAGGAGCGUGUUUCUCAGGUGCAGCUCUCACCAGCAACCACACAUGUAAAGCAGUAGUUUCCUGGAAAAUAAAUUUUUUAUUAUUAUUAUUUAAUGGCUACGCUCAGCUACUCUCCGGAGUGACCGUUCAAUGCCAAAAUGUCAAGUGUAAUUGUUUCAGUGAGUUUACUCAGUUGUACCCCAAUGAA